GAGCAGGGAGUCGUGCCUGGCCCUGGUGGACGGCUUCCUCGACCACCAGGUAGACGGUGGGCUCGGCCUGCUCCAGGCCCAGACGGGCUCGCUCGGCGGCGGCCCCUGCGGCCACCUGUGCGGGCUCCCGCCCGCGCUCGACCGGUCGGACGUCUACGACAACGCCCUGGCCGCGAUCUACUACGUGAAGCGCGGGCGGCUGGAGGAGGCGAGGCGAAUCCUCGACGUCUUCACGUCUCUCCUGUACCCCGGGGACCUCCGGCCAUCGUCCACGUUUCCAGGCCAGCGGGGCGGCAUCCAGUUCCCCGGCACCGUCUACCAUGGCCUCCCCUCUGGCCGCCCGCUGACGCUGCUGGCCGCGGCCUACCGGUCCACGAUGAAGGCGCGCGCGGGCCAGUACUGGGGCGUCGAGGUCAUGGACGGGGCCGUGGACACUGGCAACAACGCCUGGGCGGCUCUCGCGUUCGCCCACUACGCCGCCGCGGCUGGAGCGAAGUCCCGCCCGGAGGCCAGGUGCUACGCGGCGGUCGCGCGGGAUGUCCUGGCGGCGCUGGCCAAUGCCAGCGUGUGCGGCGAUUCGCUGGGCGGCUACCUGGGGAGACUCCCCCCCUUCCCGGCCAACUACCGCUCCACGGAGCACAACCUCGACGUGGCAGCGCUCGCGCGCGCGCUGGGCGACGCCGCAGUCUCAGCGCACGCCGAGCGCUUCGUGCGGCAGAUGCACGCGCGCCGGCCGGACUACCCGCGGGCGUACGCCACGGGCACGGGCAAGAGCAGCCCCGGGGAGGAGCGCUGCGGCAGCUCGGUGCCCGCGUCCGCGCCCGUGGCCGCCGACGCGCAGUUCUGGACCCUGCUGGCGGGGGCAGACCCCGGAGGCUGGCGCGCCGCCGACGCCGUGUGGUGGGCGCUGCAGAGACCGGAGGGGCCCGAGGGCUCGCGGGAGGCGACGCAGGGCAUGUGGGAGUCCGACGCAGAUGUCGUCGGGGCGGGCAACGAUAGCGUUGCGGCCCCCAGGCUGAACGGUACCCGCUUCACCAACUGGGGCACCGGCGUCCAGUGGGAGGUGACUGCCAGCGCGACGAUAGCAAUGGUCAAGAGCGGGCAGCAGCUCGGCGGCGAGGCAGAUCCGCGGCUGGCCCGCCGCAUCGACGAGGCCAGGAACUCCUUGUACCACCUGCUCGUCAGGUACGGCGGCGUUCCUGCAAGCGUGCUGGGCGGCAACUACGAGGCAUGGCGGCGAAACCUGCACCACUCGGCGUACCCGGGCGGCUCCGACACGGGCAUCGGCUGGAGCUACUUCCGGUACCUGCACGUGGCCUCGACGGCCUGGACUGGGCUGCUGCUCCUGUACCAGGCCGACGCGGCCUCGCCCGUCCUCGAGGACGCCAACCCGCUGGGCCUGCCGGCCCACGCGGUGCCCCACGGCCGCGCCGACCUGUCCUGCCUGCCCCCGCCGCCACGGCGCACGGCCUGAGGGGCCACCGCGGCGGGCGGCCCGGGCCGUGCCACGAAGCGUUCGUGGCCCUCGAGCUCCCCUCGCGUCCCCGACGAGGUCUACAGACAGCCUGAGGACCGCGACGCGCUGCCUGGGCCGAAGGCGGCGCGGGCGGCCGGCCACGCGAGCCAGACCGCGGACGAGCCUGCGAGACAAACGAGGCCCAGCGUCCUGAAGCGUCCUGAAGAAGACCAGGGUGCUCGGGCCCGCCGGGCGUGGCCCGCCCGGCCGGCGCCCGAGGCCUGUCGCAGGAACUCCGCCG